AUGUCGCUCACCCGCCAAGUCCAGGCUCUUCCGCCAGAGCUCUUCAAACAGAUUCUCGACUACACUGUCCUUCCCAACACCGGUGGUGUAGUUCACAUCAACAGAGACUACCGCCCACCAGUUGGCCUCAGUAUCAACCGCGCAACACGCACAGAAGUCGCGCAUCUCCACUACGGCACCAGGACCUUCCAAUUGAUCGGCGACUUCGACUCAUCCUCAUCCAAUAUCAUCCUUGUGGCUUGGCUCAAGUCGCUUCCAGUCAAGCAUCGCGAGAUCACCUCCAAGAUCCACUGCCCCUGCCAGAUCGAUAAGACAUGCAACAACACGCCACUUUCCGAUUCUGGCUACCUCACAGAGAAGGUCAAUGCGAUGAGGGAGAUCGACAGUUGCCUCGAGACGGAAGGUAUUAGAUGGCAGAGACCGUGUGCUGUAUUGAUAUUGCCGAGAGGUUGGGCCGAGGUGGAGAGGCGCGCUGGUGCAACUAUGACAGGUUCGCGGAGAUUCUUGUGGCUUCUUGGCAGAGGAGGUGAUGGCAUCUCGAUUGAUGGACGAGCGCAGUGGCCAAUAACGCCAGACUCUCAUGCGUAUGACAUUUCAAUGCAAUGGGCGAGGUCGGCGAUGUCAAGUCACACCAUUUUGUGGCUCGAGUCUGUGUCCGCGAGACAUACAGCUUGCAGGGAAGCGAGACUGUGUACAGGGGAGCAGUAA